GGCCCCGCCCCUUCCCAAGCGCUGGCUGCCCACUUCCGGCCACCUCAGGCCUCUCCGCCGGUUCCGUGCGGGUUUUAAUACCUGAUCCCCAGGUGGCUCUCGGCGCCAGGUCCGGGUCUCUCCGCACCCCCACUUGCCCCCCGCGGCUGGCUCCUCAUCCCCAAUCUCACCGAAGCUCGGAGCGACUCGGGCUGAGGCCUGCGGCGCGGUGAGUCCGCGCAGACCCGACUCCGCGUCUCCCCUGCUGUGUGAAGGCCGCCGCCACCGCCUCGGGAUGCCGCGGCUGGGUUCUGCCCCGCGCUGGGCGGCCGCCGCGGGCCGUUGGGGCUGCCGGCUGCUCGUGCUGCUGCUGCUGCUCGUUCCGGGACCCGGCGGCGCCUCCGAGAUCACCUUCGAGCUGCCCGACAAUGCCAAGCAGUGUUUCUACGAGGACAUCACGCAAGGCACCAAGUGCACCCUCGAGUUCCAGGUGAUUACUGGUGGUCACUAUGAUGUAGACUGUCGAUUAGAAGAUCCUGAUGGGAAUGUGUUAUACAAGGAGAUGAAGAAACAGUAUGACAGCUUUACUUUCACAGCCUCCAAAAAUGGGACAUACAAAUUUUGCUUCAGCAAUGAAUUUUCUACUUUCACACAUAAAACCGUAUAUUUUGAUUUUCAAGUUGGAGAAGACCCCCCUUUGUUUCCUAGUGAGAACCGAGUCAGUGCUCUUACCCAGAUGGAAUCUGCCUGUGUUUCGAUUCAUGAAGCUCUGAAGUCUGUCAUUGACUAUCAGACCCAUUUCCGCUUGAGAGAAGCUCAAGGCCGAAGCCGAGCAGAGGAUUUAAAUACAAGAGUGGCCUAUUGGUCAGUAGGAGAAGCCCUCAUUCUUCUGGUGGUUAGCAUAGGGCAGGUAUUUCUUCUGAAAAGCUUUUUCUCAGAUAAAAGAACCACCACAACUCGUGUUGGAUCAUAACUACGUUUUGGGAAUUGAUGCACCAUUGCCACUGUAAUAUUGCUGUCCUCUAAUUAAUUUUAGGUAACUGAAGAACUGAAUAUUGGCAACAUUUUAAAAACCUUACUCAUAUACUUGUUUGGGGAAUACACAAUGCAUAUCCCAAACUAUGGAAAGGACACCUUUUUUUAUUUGUAAAGGUAUAAAAACCUUGGGACUUACUUUGGGCUAUUCGUGUUAAAUAUUCAACACCAAUACACCAGUGAUCUCUUUUCUUGGUUGUUUAUAUCUAUUCUUCGCACACUAAACUUUGGUAUUUUGAUUCCUUUUUGCCAUUUAAAACUACUUUUCUUAUAGGUAGUGAAUAUUUUUAAAACCUUCGAUUUAAUAUCUACAUGUGUUAUGGAGGAAGAAAAUUGCCUUUUAAUUGUUUAUAGUAAAUUGGGUUUUGUUUUUCAGAAAACCAAAUGUGACUCACUAUAGCCCAAGCCCUAUUCUGCACUGUUUAAUUUUCAUGAGGGGAAAAUGUACCAUAGAAAUGUUUGUUAAUAUUGAUAUAAUUUUAAACUGAUACAUCAUGGUAUAACUUAUUUUUCACUAGCUUGGAAAAUGUCAGAUUUUUGGUUUUGGGGUUUAUUCUAUGAUUUAUAACCAGAUAUGUUAUUUUCUUCAUAAAGAUAUUUUUACCACAUAGAAAAUAGUAUGUUUCAGUAGCAUAAUAGAGUUUUCAGGCCUUAAAAAUCAGAUUGUCAUACCAGUUAGAAUAAAUACAGAAUAAUUUAAGGUACUGCAAUAUCUUAUAGUGUAGGGACAAAUGAAAUAAGAAUUUUAUUGAGUUAUCUGCACCCAUUACAUUUUCGGUGCUUUUACAAAGAAAAAAGGUGAUCUGUUUCAUUUAAACAUUUAAUUGGCUCAUUCUUGCCAUUAUGUGGCUUUAAUGUUUUUGAGUCAUUCCCAGCUUAAAUUGAUAGUUGUAAUAUUAGUAUCUUAAAAGUGCCAUACAUUUAAUCCCAGUAGGUGUGAUGCACUGAGAAGUUAGUUUCUUUGGAUUUUAUUUUUCUUUCUCUUUUCCUUUUCUAUUCUUUUUUUGUCUUGUAUAUGUAAUUUGUAUAAUUUCUGGUUAGCAUCCCAAAGAUUUAAAAAUUUAGAAUGCUGUGUGUUUUUUAUUUGAUUGUACUGCAUUUAAUGAAUAUUAAAUAGUGCAUAUUCUGUACACUAUAUGGUUUAGAAUGUGUUUGUAUUUUAUAACUUAUAUAGAUUGAGCUGACUGGAAUAAGAUUUUGUUCUAAGAUAGAAUACAAGAUACUGUAAAAUUGUAUAGAUGUUUAAAGCUUUUCUGCUAUAAAAAAAAAAUAAUGCAAUUACUUUUUGCCAUGCCUCCCUUCCCCACCCAAAGUAGUAAGUGCUGAAAAAGACUCAUAUUUAAUGCCAGGGGUCUUGAUCCAGCAUCUUGAAGGGGCUUAGGAAUCUGGAGAAGGCGCUAUGUGUAAAUUAAUAGAGAGUCCAGAGACGAAACUAAUUUUGGAAGGCAUUUUGGAGAGCCAGAGAAGACUUAGCUCAAGGAACCAAGUUCUUCUGUCUCUCUGGACCCCUCGCUUUUUAUUAACACAAAUUGUCCUAAAGCAAGGUAGAUAUACAUAUCAAAGGCCAAGGUUUAGUAUACAGAGGUUUUGUUGGAUUGGAGGAACUGCCUUUGGAUGUUCAGGUGUUUGGCCAGCAGGAGGCAAUAACAUGUAGAUUGAAAUGCUCUCAGCUGUCUGGCAGCAAGCAAUCAUUUAUGCAUCCUUUUCAGGUUUGGGGAAAUGCCCUCAGCCAUUCCAGAUGAUUCAGCCCUGCUGACAUGCUGGAAUUAGCUUCCAGCACGUAUUGUAUAGACUUUGAUAUGUGGUGCCAUGGGAUACUGAUUGGAUAGCAAUUCUAAUCACCACUACUGACUAAAAGUUAACUCAGUUUUAAGCUGUCUUUAAAUGCGUAUAUACAUAUAUUACUGCAUGUAAAAGCAAAAGGAAUUAAAGUUGUCAUGCUGGCUAAUUUCAAAUGCUGCAAUGUAGUAAGGAAUAAAUAUGUUUUCAACUUUAACCCUUUAAUUCUAAAAAAAUUUAAGACCAAAUAGCAAAUUCUUAAUAUCAGAUUAAAAACUGAAGUUUAAGAUUUUGCAGUUUUAUCAUUUGGAUUCUUAUGUGGGAGUUGUCCCACAGCUUUGUAAGUGUCCCUCUAUAUUUAGAUUUGGAAAUUUUCAACACUAAUGUUAAUGUGAUUCAUAAGCAUGGGUGUUCUUAAAUGUCCUUUCUGGUUACCUGUCUGCUCUGUUUUGUUCAGAUACUUAGACCAUAAGUAAGCAGAGUCAGGUACCAUUAGUGUGCUGAAUUUGGCAUAGAUAAUGCAGUGAUUUCAUCUGUGCCUAUCAGAAUUUCAUAAUAUUAGACUAUUGCUACAAAUAACUUUUGAUGAAACUAUUGAGAUAUAUUAAUAUGUUUGAAAUCACCACUGUUACCUGUCGUAGAAAAUAGUACAGGCUUAGUCUAAUCUGUAUGUAACUGGUUAAUGUUUGAUGGCUGCCUAUACUCAACUGGGUAUGUAUAUAUAAAUGAGAAAGUACAGAUUUAGCCAGACAUAAGUGUUAAGUAAACUUUUUUCUUCCUCCUAUACAAUUUGUAGCUCAUUUUUUUCUUUAAUUCUUUCAUAACUUGAUGCAACAGUUUGAAUUUCUCAAAUAUUUAUAUUUGAACAUAUGGUUCAGAAUAUUUAAACAUCAUUAGCUGUAUAUAUUUUUAAAGUAGACUGAAUAAUGGAAAAGGACUUUGAUAUACUAGUGUAUCAAAUGAAUACUUAAAUUGCAACUGUGAAGAUACAUUAUAAGAUUACUUUGCUAAUAAUCUAAACAUUCUUUUUACUAUUAAAAGAAAUAAAUGGUGUGUGGUCAUUA